AUGGCAGCGACCGCCGAGGGAAAUUUCUUGAGACAAUUUCGGGAUUUGAAUACGAGAGAGUUUAAGCAGAUUACAGCUAACCAAUUCAUGGAUGUUUGGCAUCAUUACGACUCGAACGGGGAUGGAUACAUAGAGGGAAAGGAGUUGGACAGUUUCCUGAAGGAGCUAGUGACAAGCAUAAACAAAGAAGACGUCGGACUUGAGGUUGUUUCAGAAAGUGCGCUUAAAGAAGCAAAAGAAUUAAUUCUCAAUGCCUUCGACGAAAAUAGGGAUGGUAAAAUCGAUAUUGCCGAGCUUGCACAAAUCCUGCCAACAGAGGAAAAUUUCCUGUUGUUAUUUCGACGAGAUCAUCCACUUGACUCCAGUGUCGAGUUCAUGAAGGUAUGGCGAGAGUUCGAUACAGACCACAGCGGGUUUAUCGAAGCUGACGAACUAAAGAAUUUUCUGCGACACUUGUUGAAACAGAAGAAGCGUGAGAAUACCAUCACUGAGGAACAACUCACAAUUUACACUGGUACUGUGCUCCAACUCUUCGACCGCAACAAAGACGGAAAACUUCAGCUUAGUGAGAUGGCAAAACUUCUCCCUGUGCGGGAAAACUUUCUCUGUAGACCAGUGUUUAAGCGAAACAUCCAUAAGACGCUAGCGAUAAGUGCAAACAAAAUGACGGACGAUGACAUUAAGCGAGUGUUCAGCCUCUACGACAGGGAUGGAAAUGGCUCGAUAGAAAAUGAGGAGUUGAAUGGCUUCCUUAAAGACCUAAUGGAACUCGUAGAAGAGGGAAAGACAGCUGGCUCAAAGGACUAUGACGAAGAGGAUCUAAAUGAGUGCAAGAAGAUUCUUUUGGAUAAGUGUGAUCUUAAUCAUGACGGGAAAAUCAACCUUGACGAACUGACCAUGGUCCUCAUGUCAUAUAACAGGUCUUCCAGUGAAACGGAAUGUGCCAAAGUCUAG